CAGCUCUAUAAAGGUUAUCCUUUCGCUCAUGGUAGUUAUAAUAAUUGCAAUCCGUUGAAGAACAGAUAAUUCCAGACAAAAUACUUCACUGAACAGAGACGCUUCCUUUCACAAUGCUUCUCCACUCUCUAUUCAUAUUUGCCUGCUCUAUGGCCCUGGCCCUAGGUGCUAGCCUGCAGCAGGUGCCAAACUUUGGCUCGAACCCCUCAAACAUCAGGAUGUACAUCUACGUACCAGAUCGUGUAGCGGCCAAUCCCGCAGUCAUCGUCGCGCUACACCCAUGUGGCGGAACAGCAUCACAGUGGUACAGCGGAACCUCGCUACCCUCUUACGCCGACCAAAAUGGCUUCAUACUCAUCUACCCCGAGACACCCAACAUGAGUAACUGCUGGGACGUCAACAACGCCGCCAGCCUAACGCACAGAGGCGGCGGCGACGCCCUCGGAAUCGUCAACAUGGUGACCUACACGCUACAGAAGUACACCGCCAAUCCCGCCCGGGUUUUCGUCAUGGGCUUCUCCUCCGGUGGUAUGAUGACGAACGUCCUCGCCGGAUCAUAUCCCGACGUCUUCGCCGCCGGCUCAGCCAACUCGGGAACGGCGUUUGCAUGUUUUGCCGGCUCCGCGAGUGCCACGCCUGCCGGGCCCAACCAGACCUGUGCGCAAGGUCAGAUCCAGCACAGCUCCACGGAAUGGGGUAGUUUCGUACGCAAUUCGUAUCCAGGGUACGCGGGGAGGCGGCCGAGAAUGUUGAUCUGGCAUGGGCUGGAUGAUACGUUGGUGCGGCCGGAGUGUGCGAAGCAGGCGCUGGCUCAGUGGGGAGAUGUUCUCGGUGUGUCGUUUAAUAGGAAUGUGGCGGGGGUCCCGUCCUCCCAGUUUACGCAGAUGGUGUAUGGAGAUGGCUCGCAGCUGCAGGGCUUCUUUGCACAGGGAGUUGGACACGCGCCGAUGGCGGAUGUGGGACUGAUGUUGAAGUUCUUUGGGAUUUAGUGUGCAGCAUAGCUAACCACGACCGGGUAAUCGUCUCCAUUCUUGGUACCUACGAGUAGUGCAGUGAGUAUGGCGAGUGUUCGAUGAUUGCUUCAGCGUGACUAGUUCUAAGAAAUUGCUGUUGGACUUGAUCUAGAUAAUACUAGCU